UGGAGUACAGAGCCCAGUUUAAUCGUAAAAUUUUACUGUACUAUUUCUCAUCGUUGAUCAAUCACGUUUUCACUUUAAGUGAUAGCUGACGACAAAUAAAUUAUUUAAAAAGUUUAAAUUUUUGUGGUUUUAAAAUGGCACCGACUGCUGAAGUUAUUCCGAAAGAACAAUUAGAUAAAUUAGAAAAACCAUCAAGAGGCAUCAAUGCUGUUUUACUUGGUCCACCUGGUAGUGGUAAAGGAACACAGGCUCCAUUAUUUAAAGAAAGAUAUUGCGUAUGUCAUUUAUCAACUGGAGACAUGCUGAGAGCAGAAAUAGAAUCUGGCUCAAAGCUUGGAGCGGAGUUGAAAAAAAUAAUGGACGAAGGAAAGCUGGUCAGUGAUGACCUGGUUGUCAAUAUGAUAGACAACAAUUUAAAUAAACCCGAAUGCAAGAGAGGAUUUUUGUUGGACGGGUUCCCUAGAAGUGUCCCGCAGGCUGAGAAGCUCGACGAGAUGCUGCAGAAGAGGAAAGCCAAGUUGGACGCCGUCGUAGAGUUUGGUAUCGACGACAAUCUGCUGGUGAGAAGAAUUUCCGGGCGACUGCUUCAUCAACCCAGCGGCAGGACUUAUCACGAGGAGUUCGCACCACCAAAGGUCCCUAUGAAGGAUGACAUCACGGGGGAACCCUUGACCAGGAGGUCAGAUGACAACGCGGAAGCGCUAAAGAAACGGCUGGUCACUUAUCACACCUCGACCCAGCCACUGGUUGACUACUACGCGCUCCAGGGUAUUCAUAACUACGUAAAUGCCGCGAAAUCCAGUGCACAAGUCUUCAAGGACAUUGAUGGUAUUUUUAUGAAUGCCAUAAAAAGUGAUCAGAGCAAAGGCUUCUUCAGUAGAUUCUUCUAAUUGUCUGAUAAUUAUUUUUAUUAAUCAGUAACUUGACCUUGUUUAUUUUUCAGUUUGUUUUAGAAGACAGCAAUAAUUGAUAAUUGUGCAGGCUUCAGUAUUUUUUUUUUUUUAAUUACAAUCAACAGUCUCAAAGUUAAUUUUAGUUAAUUAAUCUUCAAAAGUUUUUGUUUUUCAACUUUGUAAUUAUAAUUACUGUUAAUUACUUUGUAAUUAUAAUUACUAACAAGUUUUAUUAUCAACUUGUCAAUUUUUUUUUUUUUAAUUAAUGAGCUUUGAUUAUUUUUUUUUAAUUUAUAAACAAGAGUAAAUAAUUUUGAUAUUUUUUUUAUUAAUAUCGUUUUUAUAUAAAAAAAAAUGUACAUAUAUAUUUGAUUAAUAAAAAAAUAUGAAGAUGCAUAAUUAUUAUAUUUGAAAUUAAAAAAAAAAAUAAGUAAUUAAAUUCAAUAAUAUAAAAGUAAUAAUUAAAAAUAAUGAAUCCAAACGAAUAGUACUUUAAUGUAAUUAAGGUCAAGUUGUAGUAGAGUAAUUGUUAUCAGACUUGAAAAGAAAAAAAAAAUUAUUUUUCUUGUUAAAAGUAAUUAUUAGUAAUAUAUCUAAAUAUUAUAUAUAUUUACAGUCAGGGCUUAUAUAAUUAAUUAUUCAAGGUGAUUUGAUUAGCAACUUUGUUCAUAUCCUAAUUAAUAAUAAUUAAUAUUAUUAAUUAUAUAUAUAAAUAUAUAUAGAUAUAUACAAAAAAAAUGGAUUUUUUGGCGCAAAAAUUUUUUUUCUGCUCCAAGAAAAUUUUCUUUUUAAUUUAUAAUAAAAAAAAUUUUCUUGCGCCAAGAAAUCAUUUUUUUGUACAUAUAUUUAUAUAUAAUAGUAUUUAAAAGUUCUUAGAAUGGCAGUGUCAUAUUCCAAUUAGUACAAAUGCACUAAUAGAACAAAUUUACUCAUCAAUUAUAUAAUUUUUUAAAACAUAAUAUUUUUAUUUCUACUCUCACACAAAAUAUAUGAUACAUUACAUAAGUAAUCUGUACUAUUGGUGCUUAUCAAUUAACGAACUAAAGUAUUCAACCAAUUAUUUAAAAGCCUGUAAAAUUAACAAAUAUUUGCGCACAUAUUUUUUUAACGUAAUCAGCAAUCAGUGGGUUAAGAAAAAAUGAAUAAAUUUACUGCCGCUUAGCUGUCACAUUCAAAGUAUCGUUGGCUGUAGAAUUAAAACGAAUAUGUAAUUAAGCAAAUAAUUAAUGAUAACAAUAAUAAUAAUAACAACAAAUCACCGUUAUCAUUUAAUAUUAAAUGAUCUAGCAAACGCCUAAAUGUAAAUACGACAGAAUAUUUUAGAUAAAAAAAAAAAAUAUAAAAAUGUGGAACGAAUAAAAUUAAAAAUCUAGACUAGAUUAGACUAGACUAAUUAACUCUUAAUCAAGAUAUCUGUUUGAUGACGCAGAUUAUUGUAACGAAUGAGAGUGAGGACUAAUAAAAGUUUAUUAAAACUUGAAAAUUCA